AUGUCAAUAGACUCAUAUAAAUCAUCGAUAAUAGCCAUGCUGAUAAACGAACUGCCUAUUCAAGUCAAUAAGAGGCACCUAGAUAUAGAUAUUGCGGAGGAAAGCCGGGGCUUGAACAAUAUUCUCCUGAAACGUUUGCAAGCUAAACUUGAUGGAGCUCAGAAGAAUUCCCUGGUCUUAAAAACAAAGAGUCUAUCCUGCGUUAAUAGACCCCGUCGGCCAGGUCUUCGGACCCACACUUCAAAGCUACAUCUCAUAGACGAUACGACCUUGACAUCGCUACCGUUUCCUCCGCCGGCACCGUCAAAGCGGUUCAAACCAAAAUUUCUGUCCGCAUCACACAUUACUCAAAACUCAGAAUUUCUUCGAGAUGAGAGUCAGCUGUUAUACAGUGUUGACCUGGCCCGAGCUACACUUGAUGGCACUCUGUUUGCUGAGUCGAUCGAUUUGAGUAAACAAGACACAACCAUGAAUGGAACGAUUUGUGACUACGAAAAUGACACCCUAGAAGAAACAUUUGAUGAUUCCCAAGAUCCAAUUGUAUUAGUGGAAGACUAUAUGACUGAGGCCCAGUCUAAGGAAACUGUGUUUCGCAAAAAGUCUUUGGCCAAUAUAAAGAAACGACUACGCGAAAAAUCCCUGCGGCCCUCUUUAACCCCAAAUUCUGCGUCACCUGGAAGUUUUAAAGUUGAUUUUGGGCGGUGCAAUCUACCACGCGUGUCCACGCCAGGCAAUGAGAACUUGGAGGCCAUCUUUGGAAAAAUUCCUGGAUCCGAGAAGCUCAAAUACUGUACGCUCUGCGACAAACCCUUGUAUGAAAUCAGCUCGGUGCUCAGCAGCACGGAAGCCAUGAAUACAUCUCACGCGGCCAAUUUGUCUCAUGCAUAUCAAGAAUUUGUGUGCUGGGGUUGUAUCGAUACAUAUGAGGAAGUUUUCAACGAGCUUUAUGAAGCGGAAACAAAACAUUCUGAGGAAGUUGCUCGUCAAUCAAAUCAUGCAAUUCACCAAACAUCAAAUUCUAUUUUGGACAUAGACUAUAUGAGUUUGAUGACCAGUGAAGAGCAGCAUGAAAAGACGCAAAAUAGAGGCGAUUCAACGCAGCCCCAAAAGAAGCGGAAAUUCUCAACAGACUUGAUCUCUCGGCUUCAGCGUCUCAGCGCUGUUUCCCAACCAAAAAAUGGAAGUGCAGAAUGGGUCGCCGGGUGGCAAGAAAAGCUAAGACGCAGCUUAAACAAUGUCUUGACCAAUGCCUUUGCUUCAGAUGACCAAACCUUAUAA